AUGGCAGCACACACAAAUGACAGUACAGAAGCAAUUACCAAUUCUGGCUAUUGCAGCAGUGAUGAGACGGCAAGUCUUCUAGUUUCAGCACCAGCAGUGACAGUUAUAGUACCUACUGAAAACAGAACAGUGAAACCGAUUUUACAACGGCAAGAUUGUACUACUAAUUUGCGGCCUCAAUUAUCGGGUGAACCGGGCAGUGAAGAAAGUGCAACGUCCGUCAGAUUUGAUGAUAAUUCAGCAAGAAGUGUUCCAGAUAUAGAAUUACAAUGCCGAGAUCCACCGGACCGCCCGCAAACGCUUAUAUCGCCCGUAGCAACUGGCACUCACAGAGGAUCUGUAACAGCAUAUCCGCUAGUACCUCAAAGCUAUACAAGAUGUCGUGUUUGCGAACGUAGACAAUCUGCGGCACCAGUUUCGGCACUACAGCUAGCGCGAUCUGUUUCAAGAGAGAGUGUUCGUUCCGUUUUUCAUUACAACUGCGGUUGUAGUUCCCUACACGCUGUAAAUACCUGUCCGGUUAUGCAACCUCCAGCUCUAUUACUACCUACUACUAGUGCGAGAAUUAUCCGACAAAGCUCGCAGCCGGAGUCAAGCGCAUGCGUAACACAGUGCCCUCAUCAUGUACACCAUCAUCCUAGCGCCUCCUUGCGACAACUGAGGGAACCAGGCGACGGUAUUGCCGGUAUAGCAGCUGAUUCAUUGAGAAUAAAUGGAGGGAUGCGACCUUUCAAGCAGGGGCUGCUACUCUGCCCACAAACCCUGUCGCAGACUCGCCGAGCUCGCCUGAGACGUGCGUUCACUGAAGCAACAGGAGAUACUGUUAACUACGUUAGAACGGUUGGAUAA